ACUUAUCUGUCAAAGUGUCAAAUCGACUUUAUUGAAAAAAAAAAAAUACUUUUAAAAAUUAUAUUUUUCAAAAACUCACAAAUUUUGAAAAAUAUAACUAUAGAUUCCUUGCUGCCGUUAGUUUAAAUCAGUUAUCCACUCUACUGUUUGGCUCUAAUAUUGCAAAAUGGUUAUCACCACUGAUACUCAUUUACCUACUGAAGAGGAACUAACAGUCCAGGAACUGAACCUGUCCACGGCAGCCCUCAGAGCUGGGUCUUUUCAUUUAGGAAAGCAUUGUGAAUUUCAGAAUAAUGAGUUCAUGUUAUGUCGACAAGAGUUAGACGAUCCUAGGGCUUGUAUUAAUGAGGGGAAAGCUGUUACGGGGUGCGCUCUUGACUUCUUUCGCAAGGUGAAGAAAACUUGCUAUGAAGAAUUUAUGCAAUAUGCAACCUGUCUGGAUAAAAGCAGUGGAAACAUGGCUUUUGGACACUGCCGCAAAACCCAGGGUGUCUUAGAUAAAUGUGUGUUGGAUAAUUUGGGAAUCGAGAGGCCCGAUUAUGGAUACUUUACACGAGCAAGAAUUCAUGCUACUGAACGUCCAGCUCCUCCAAAGAAGGAAAAGACAGUUUAUCCCGAUGCUACGCCUGGACUCCCAGACGACUUCCCAAGGCCACCAGCAAAGUAUGGUUCACGUUUCCACUUCCUCGAAUAAGUUUGUUAUAAUUUUUUUGAGUAAGUAAUUUUUUGUCUGAGAAAUCCCCGAAGAUGGAACAUUUUUCUUCAAUAAAAUUCGCUUAAUUGAAAGUUUA